AUGAACUCACCUGGCCUCCGAGGCGCUGGACUGGUCGUUCUCCAAGCCCUUCGCGUUGGCACCGUCAUCACGCUGCUGACCUCCGGUGCCGCCUGUUGGAUCCUCAUCAUCGAUGUCGAGAAGAACAAGCCGUACUUCAUCUUCGAGUGCUUCAGCCUCUUUUUCGUUUCCGUCCUCUGCUCUCUGCUUGUCGUUUCGGAACUCGCCUUUGCGCAAUUCAUCAAGAUCUACCUCCGGCGCAUGUGGCCCGUCUUGUCCGACCACCAUGGACUGAGUUGGCUGGGCUUGGGCAUGAUCAUCAUCGGCUGCAACAUCCUGGGUAUGCUCAACCACGACUUGAAGAUGGCUUCUGCCCUGUCGUCACUGGUCCUGGCUGCGGGUAUCUUGGCCCUAAUCUUUGGAUUUCUCAACAUCGUCUGCUCCUUUAUCUGGUGUGAUAGGAAAGAGGGCAUCACAUCUCGCGACAUUCGUGCCAAUGGAUCGCUCGCUCGAUCACAACGCGAGUUCCAUGAUUAUGAUCCUCCGAGCCGAUCAUCCUCAUCCAGGAACGAAAAGACGAGGAGCAAGUUUGUGUCCAUGUUCUGGAAGAAGGACAAGGAGGAGGAAUAUGUGAACGCAGUACCGGAGAUUAGCCCUCCCUAUACCUACAGCAACCACCAUGCCCGCGAUCUCGAGGCCCAGAGCGACAGCCCAAUCAUUCCGGGUCUGAAGCGCCCUGACACGGCCUUGCACCCCAUGAACACCCGCAUGAAUAGCCGCAGCAGUCGGAGCAGCCGAUACUCCGAGGCGAACAUGUCACGAUUCUGA